GCGCCACUUUCCAGUUUCUGUUCCUACGUCAGAGUAUUGGAAGUGUGUGAUUGGUCGGCGGGAGCAGGCGGCUUCUUUCCCUUUGUCAGCAUGGAGGAGAUGAGAGUGUCUGAUGUGGAGGUGUGUAACCUGGCGUACCGGGGCCAGCUGGACGAGCUGAACAGUGUUCUGCAGGCCGAUAAGUCUCAGGCCUCCAGGACAGACCAGGAUGACAGGACACCUCUACACUGGGCAUGUUCUGCAGGGCAGACAGAGGUUGCGGACUAUCUACUCGGACUAGGCGUACCUAUUAAUAACAAAGAUGAUGCUGGGUGGACUCCUCUUCACAUUGCUGCUUCUGCAGGACGCACUGAUAUAGUUAAAGCACUAAUCGGGAAGAGGGCUCAAGUGAAUGUGACCAAUCAGAAUGGCUGCACACCCCUGCACUAUGCUGCUUCCAAAAACAAGCAUGAGAUUGCUGUUUUGCUCCUUGAAAAUGGUGCGUCACCCGAUGCAAAGGACAGACUGGAGUCCACACCUCUGCAUCGUGCUGCUUCCAAGGGCAACCUGAGAAUUGUAGAAAUCCUCCUAAAACACAAAGCUUCAACUAACAUACAAGACAUUGAAGGGAAUACAGCUCUUCAUCUUGCCUGUGAUGAGGAGCGAGCAGACGAGGCCAAAUUCUUGGUAGAACAUGGAGCAAGUAUUUAUAUAGAAAACAAAGACGAGAAGACACCACUACAGGUGGCAAAAGGCGGACUGGGGGCCGUGCUAAGAAGAAUAGUGGAGGGCUAGUUAUUUUUCCAUAAAUAUAAAAUAGGAGUUUCCAUAAGGUUGCUGCCACAUCCGCAAAUCUUCUUGUUGGAAAACUGCCGCUGCCAUUACUCAAAACCAGAAGUGGAUCCAGCAGGAAAGAGACACCAGCCUAACUUAUUUGCCAUCAAGUUGGCCUGUGUUAAUGUUCCUGAGUAAUACCAUCCCUAUCCUGUGUUAUAACUAGUUUGGACUAUUUCUACACAAACCUUUAUUGAUGCUACACACUUACGGCAAAGUCUAUGCUUUUUAUAGAUCUGUAUAAGGCUUAUAGAACCUGUUUACCUGUGACGCAUGGAUGCAUUGGUAUCAUGCACAAAUAAAUGCAGAAAGUAGUUGCCAUUUUGAAAUACAUGGAAUCAGAACAUUCUUAUAAGGUGGUUAGUUAAGCUUAGGAUACUUAUCACUUCAUAAAUGUCACUGUACCUGCUGUUUAGUGUUAUACAUAUGGGCUACAUGGCAAUUGAAGAGGCUUGUCGAAAUCAACAUCUUCAAUAAGUGUAAUGGAGACACAAAAACACCUUGAAGGAGAUUUAUCAUUCUUUUCAGACGUAUGGCUUUUAUAUGACAAUUUUUUUUUGUAACUUUUGCUUACGUAUUUAUCAAAUAGUCACAUGACCUUGAUAAAUAAAUCACAC